GGCGCUGAGAGAGAGAGAGAGACAGAGAGAGAGAGAGAGAGAGAGACAGAGAGACUCGCAUGGAAAUAGUGCAAAGCCGCCCAAGAGUAGCCAAUCAAAACAAUUUAUAAGAUCACGAGAAACCGACACCUUCCCGAUAAAUUAGAAUAACAAUCACGAUCUUUGCCUAUCCUUCAUUCCUUUGGGGCUGUUUGGUUGCCCAGAAAAUUGACCAAAUAGAAAAGGAAAAAAAAAAAAAAAAAAAAAGAGCUGGUGACGGAGAAAGAGGAAGGCUGAGAGGGAGGUGGGGGUGGACGGACGUUCACCGUUCCACCUUUGGAUAAUAUAUAUAUAUAUAUAUAUAUCCUGAAGAUUCUGAGAAAAGGUAAAGAGAGUGGGCCUCAUUGAUCGCGAAGCUUGUCUGCUAGACUACCAGCAUGGUUUUUUUUUUUCUAGGUGGGGAAAAUUUAUGAGCACGAGAUCCCUAUAAUCGAUACAGAGCUUUAUACGUUCUCAUUUCUGGAAAUUAAACGAGACUAGUUUUUGUGUAUGACAGAUACUCAUAUCUAUAAGUGGGAAACCUUGUGAUCAAUAUUUAAAAGCACAAGGCUCGGCGGUGCUUUCAGUAGGAACAAGGGUGUAUGGAUACCACUCUCAAAUUCUUCCUGUUGCUGUUACUUCUGGGAUUGGUAUCUGUAUUAGUGAAUGCCUCUACCGAUAAGCAUGAUUUUCAGCAUUGUGAAAGAGUUGUCAAGAAAUGGGCAUCUUCUUCUCUUAAACAAGAAGUCAAAGAAGACAAACACACUCUAGGGGAUCUGCUGUUUUUCCUCCAUGUCCCCAGAACGGGAGGGCGAACAUAUUUUCAUUGUUUCUUGAAAAAGUUGUACUCUAGCUCUUUGGAAUGCCCCCGAUCUUAUGAUAAGCUGCGAUUUGAUCCACGCAAACAAAAAUGCAGGUUGUUGGUUACUCAUGAUGACUAUAGCAUGAUGUCCAAACUUCCCAAUGAGAGAACAUCGGUAGUGACAAUACUUAGGGAUCCAGUUGACCGUGUUUUUAGUACUUAUGAAUUUUCAGUGGAGGUAGCUGCUAGGUUUUUGGUGCAUCCUAACUUAACUUCUGCAACACAAAUGGCUGGGCGGUUGCGUGCUAAGACAAAUGGAGUAAGUACACUAGAUAUUUGGCCGUGGAAGUAUUUGGUUCCAUGGAUGAGGGAAGACCUUUUUACUCGGAGAGAUGCUAGAAAGCUGAGGGGCUUGAAUAACAUUAUGCACAGUGAUCCUUAUAAUAUGGAGGAAAUUGUAAUGCCGCUACAUGAAUAUAUUUACGACCCUAUUUCUCUGGACAUUGUUCAUAAUGGAGCAACUUUUCAGGUUGCAGGACUCACGAACAACUCCUACACUGAAGAAUCACAUUCGGUGCGCUAUUGUGUGCAGAAGUACAAGGGUCUCGGUGAGCAUGUACUUAGAGUUGCAAAGAGGAGGUUAGAUGAUAUGUUAUAUGUUGGUCUUACUGAAGAACAUAGAGAAUCAGCAACCAUGUUUGCAAAUGUUGUUGGUUCCCAAGUGAUUUCCCAGCUCAGAGCAUCAAAUUCUAGCACAGAGAGUGCAGCUGACAACAAAUUAGAACAGAGCUCCUCUUUUUCAGAUUCCAAGCCUGAUAAUGAUGGUCAUCAGAACAGCACUUCACAUGAAAAGGCAAGUGAUAUUGCUUCAACUGAAAUUGCUGAAGCAGUAAAAGGAAAUAUGACUGUGGGAGAACUAAUGGAUGCUUACGAAGUCUGCAUUUCCAGUUUACGAAAGGCCCAAAGUCGAAGGCGAACCUCUUCUUUGAAGAGAAUCGCGCCAGCAAACUUCACCAAAGAGGCUCGCCAUCAGGUUCCUGAAACGGUCCUCCAACAGAUAAGAUCACUUAACCACCUUGAUGUAGAGCUGUAUAAAUAUGCUCAAGACAUAUUUGCAAAGCAACAUGGACGAACCAUGCGUAAUUUUGGCAGCAUAGAGAGAUGGGAGAGCUUCUUCUACAAAUCAAAUGAGUUCACGCUUUGGCAAGUCCUUUCAUUUGGAAUGACCAUUUUCUUAAUCCUUUUUGUCUUCCUUGUAUUUGUAAAUGCACGGAGAAGAACGUUGAAAAUCAAGAUAUAAACAUUUUUUUUCAUUACCAUGUAAUUAAAAACUGCAGGAAUUACAGGGUUCUUUUCUUAUAUAAAAUUUUUCUGGAAAACAGUUAAAAGGAAUGAUCAAUAUCUUUAUUUUACAAUUUUCAUACUUAUUGUUAUGUGGCCACUGUCUAGCCCUACCUAGAGAAAAGUUUUUGUAUACUACCAUUGUAUGGAUGAUACCAUGUAGUAAACGUUUAUUUUAUUGGAUUCGUAUGCUUUAAAGUUUCA